GCUUGCGGAGGCAGACGCUCUUGUCAGUUGCGCGCCGGUCGAGUGUGUGGUGAGACCUUAGUGAGCUUGCUAGUUUCAAUUGGAUUUUGUGAAAGUUUUAUGCCAGUUUUGGUGUGAAGGAGUGUUUUGAAAUAUUCUUCGUAAAGGAAGUGCCCUUAAAAAAGGGUAGAGAAUCAGUGAGCUGUUGGUCGGAUUAGCAAAAUGACGACCGACAUCUCAGUGGUGCGUUCCGGUUGGGAAUCGGCGCCACAACAGGAGAUUGUCGACGAGUACGAAUACGAUGGAGGAAAUUCCAGUUCAAGACUUUUCGAACGAUCUCGAAUUAAGGCCCUUGCCGGCGAACGUGAGUCAGUCCAAAAGAAAACCUUUCAAAAAUGGGUGAAUUCCCACCUCGUGAGAUGCUCCUGUCGAAUUGGAGAUCUCUAUGUCGAUCUACGGGACGGAAAAAUGUUGAUAAAACUACUGGAAAUAUUGUCAGGCGAACGAUUACCAAGACCAACAAAAGGAAAAAUGCGAAUUCACUGUCUAGAGAAUGUAGACAAAGCACUGCAAUUUUUACGUGAACAAAGAGUUCAUUUGGAAAAUAUGGGAUCACACGAUAUCGUCGAUGGGAAUCCACGUCUCAGUUUAGGUCUCAUUUGGACAAUUAUUUUACGUUUCCAAAUUCAGGACAUCACCAUUGAGGAGACAGAUAAUCAAGAGACAAAAUCGGCAAAGGACGCAUUACUCCUUUGGUGUCAAAUGAAAACAGCCGGCUAUCAUAAUGUGAAUGUGAGAAAUUUCACAACAUCCUGGCGAGAUGGUCUAGCGUUCAAUGCCAUUAUUCACAAGCAUCGUCCUGACUUGAUACAUUUUGAUAGACUCUCAAAGUCGAAUGCAAUUUACAAUCUUAAUAAUUCUUUCAAUGUCGCUGAGGAUAAAUUGGGUUUGACAAAACUUUUGGAUGCUGAGGAUAUUUUCGUCGAUCAUCCGGAUGAGAAGUCGAUUAUCACCUAUGUGGUGACGUAUUAUCAUUAUUUCUCGAAAAUGAAGCAGGAGACGGUGCAGGGAAAGAGGAUUGGAAAGGUGGUUGGGAUUGCGAUGGAGAAUGAUAGGAUGAUUCACGAGUACGAGAGUUUGACUAGUGAGUUGUUAAGAUGGAUCGAGUCGACUAUUGAAGCGCUGGGUGAUCGGCGAUUUGCUAAUUCUUUGGUUGGUGUACAGAGUCAGUUGUCGCAGUUUUCAAAUUAUCGGACUGUGGAGAAACCGCCGAAGUUUGUCGAGAAGGGGAAUUUGGAGGUUUUGUUGUUUACCCUCCAGUCGAAGAUGAGGGCGAAUAAUCAGAAGCCGUACACACCGAAGGAGGGGAAAAUGAUAUCUGAUAUUAAUAAAGCUUGGGAGAGAUUGGAGAAAGCGGAGCAUGAGAGGGAAUUGGCACUGCGGGAGGAGUUAAUUCGGCAGGAGAAAUUGGAACAAUUGGCGGCGAGGUUCAAUCGGAAGGCGAGUAUGCGAGAGACUUGGUUGUCGGAGAAUCAGCGACUCGUCUCGCAGGAUAAUUUCGGUUUUGAUCUGGCGGCUGUUGAGGCGGCGGCGAAGAAGCACGAGGCGAUCGAGACUGAUAUCUUUGCCUAUGAGGAGCGUGUCCAGGCGGUGAUGGCUGUUUCUCAGGAAUUGGAGGCGGAGAACUAUCACGAUAUUGAGAGAAUCAAUGCUAGGAAGGAUAAUGUUUUGCGAUUGUGGAAUUAUUUGUUGGAAUUGCUGCGAGCUAGGAGGGCGAGACUUGAGUUGUCGCUUCAGCUUCAACAGAACUUCCAGGAGAUGCUUUAUAUUUUGGAUAGUAUGGAGGAGAUUAAGAAUCGUCUCCUGACGGAUGAUUAUGGUAAGCAUUUGAUGGGGGUUGAGGAUCUUUUGCAGAAGCACUCGCUUGUGGAGGCGGAUAUUAACGUUUUGGGCGAGAGAGUGAAGGCGGUCGUUCAUCAGAGUCAGAGAUUCCUGGAGCAGGGAGAGGGUUAUCGUCCUUGUGAUCCUACGAUCAUUGUGGAGCGGGUGCAGCAGCUGGAGGACGCCUACUCGGAACUUGUACGCCUGGCGGUUGAGAGACGGGCGAGACUUGAGGAAUCGCGCAAGUUGUGGCAGUUCUACUGGGACAUGGCUGAUGAGGAGAAUUGGAUUAAGGAGAACGAGCAGAUUGUCUCGACGGGAGAUAUUGGGCAUGAUUUGACGACGAUAAAUCUGUUGCUGUCGAAGCAUAAGGCUUUGUUGAACGAGAUUCAGUCGCAUGAGAUGCAGCUGAUGUCGGUCGCGGAUGUUGGGGGUGAACUGGUUCGGCAGCAGCACUUUGGCGCUGAUCGUAUUCAGGAGAGAUUGCAAGAAAUACUGUCGAUGUGGAAUCAUCUUCUUGAUUUGGCGGCGUUUAGACGCAAGCGGCUCGAGGAGGCUGUUGACUAUCAUCAAUUGUUCGCCGAUGCUGACGAUAUUGAUAUUUGGAUGCUUGACACCUUGCGAUUGGUUUCUUCCGAGGAUGUCGGAAGGGAUGAGGCGAAUGUACAGUCCCUCUUGAAGAAACACAAGGACGUUACUGAUGAGUUGAAGAAUUAUGCAUCGACGAUCGAGCAGCUUCAUGUCCAGGCUUCACAACUCGGCGAACAGGACGCGAAAUCGCCGGAAGUUUUGGAACGACUAGCUUCCAUUGAUUCGAGAUACAAGGAACUUUUGGAGUUGGCGAAAUUGAGGAAGCAACGACUUCUCGACGCUCUUUCGCUUUAUAAACUGUUCAGUGAAUCGGACGGUGUUGAGCAAUGGAUUGGCGAGAAGAAUCGAAUGCUCGAUACGAUGGUUCCAGCGAAGGACAUUGAAGACGUGGAGAUAAUGAAGCACAGAUACGAUGGAUUCGAGAAGGAGAUGAACGCAAAUGCAUCGAGAGUUGCAGUCGUCAAUCAAUUGGCUCGACAAUUAUUACACGUGGAGCAUCCAAAUUCAGAGCAGAUCGUCGCUAGGCAGAAUGAAUUGAACCAGAAAUGGGCAGAAUUGCGCGAGAAAGCGGAAGGAAAGCGAGAAGCCUUGAAUUCUGCUCAUGGAGUACAGACAUUCCACAUUGAGUGCAGGGAAACGGUUUCGUGGAUCGAGGACAAGAAACGAAUUCUCCAGCAGACUGACAGUUUGGAGAUGGAUUUGACCGGUGUGAUGACUCUGCAGCGAAGACUUAGUGGAAUGGAGCGGGACUUGGCGGCAAUUCAGGCGAAACUCGACGCUCUUGAGAAGGAGGCACAGCUUAUUGAGCAAGAUCACCCCGAGGAGGCAGCUGUGAUCAGAGAAAGAAUCACUCAGAUUCAUUCGAUCUGGGAGCAAUUGACUCAUAUGCUCAAGGAACGAGAUGCAAAACUGGAAGAGGCUGGUGAUCUGCAUAGAUUCUUGAGGGACUUGGAUCACUUCCAGGCGUGGUUGACAAAGACACAGACACACGUUGCGAGUGAAGAUACACCGACCAGUUUGGCGGACGCCGAGAAAUUGCUCACUCAGCACCAGAAUAUCAAGGAGGAGAUCAAUAAUUACACUGACGAUUAUCAGAAGAUGAUGGAGUAUGGCGAGAGACUGACAAGUGAGGCUGGAGAUGGGGAUACUCAGUACAUGUUCCUGAGAGAGAGAUUGAAUGCCCUCAAGGAAGGAUGGGAGGAACUUCAUCAAAUGUGGGAGAAUCGACAGAACUUGUUGUCCAAUUCGCUUAAUCUACAGAUCUUUGAUCGUGACGCGAGACAAGCGGAAGUUUUGCUCUCGCAGCAGGAGCACAUUCUUGCCAAGGACGAGACGCCGACGAAUUUCGAGCAAGCGGAGAACUUGAUCAAGCGGCACGAGGCUUUCAUGACGACCAUGGACGCGAACGAUGAGAAGAUCAAUUCGGUGGUUCAGUUCGCUGGACGAUUGGUUGAGGAGGGACACUUUGCGGCCGAUAAGGUGAAGAAGAAGGCGGAGAGCGUGAAUGAUCGUAGGAAUGCCAACAGGGAGAAGGCCAAUCAGCUCAUGGAGAAACUUCGAGAUCAACUUCAAUUGCAGAUGUUCUUGCAGGAUUGCGAGGAAUUGGGUGAAUGGGUUCAGGAGAAACAUAUCACGGCUCAGGAUGAAACUUACCGCAGUGCGAAGACGGUUCACAGUAAAUGGACCAGACAUCAAGCUUUCGAGGCCGAAAUCGCUAGUAAUAAGGAUCGUCUCCAGCAGUUACAACAGUCAGCCGAAGAAUUGAUCCGUGAGAAGCCGGAAUUGUCCGAGAUUAUCGGACCAAAAGUCACUGAACUCGCGGAUUCGUUCGAAGAACUCGAAGUCACGACCCAUGAUAAGGGAGAGAGAUUAUUCGAUGCUAAUCGUGAGGUACUGAUCCAUCAAACUUGUGAUGAUAUCGAUUCAUGGAUGAACGAGCUAGAGAAGCAGAUCGAGAGCACUGACACUGGUAACGAUUUGGCUUCGGUGAAUAUCCUGAUGCAGAAACAACAAAUGAUUGAGACGCAGAUGGCGGUGAAGGCGCGUCAAGUAUCCGAGUUGGAUAAGCAGACUGAUCACUUGCAGCGAACAGUGCCGGAGGAGAAAAUGGAGGAGAUUAAGGUCAAGAAAGAGAAGGUCGCUCAAAGAUUCGAGCAGCUCAAGGCGCCUCUAGUCGAUCGUCAACGACAGCUCGAGAAGAACAAGGAAGCCUUCCAAUUCAAACGUGACGUGGAGGAUGAGAAAUUAUGGAUUGCUGAGAAAAUGCCACAAGCAACGAGUAUGGAGUGUGGAAACUCCCUCUUCAAUGUUCAUAUGCUCAAGAAGAAGAACCAAUCUCUACGCACCGAAAUCGAGCAUCACGAGCCGAGGAUUAAUUUGGUUUGCAAUAAUGGACAGAAGUUGAUCAGCGAGGGUCAUGAGGAUACGCCGGUGUUCGAGCGAUUGAUCUCUGAACUGAAUGAAAAAUGGCAGGAGCUGAAGGACGCUGUUGAUCAGAGGAACAGUCAUUUGUUGCAGAACGAGAAGGCACAGCAGUAUUUCUUCGACGCCACGGAAGCUGAAUCGUGGAUGAGCGAACAGGAACUAUACAUGAUGGUGGAUGAUCGUGGAAAGGAUGAGAUUUCAGCGCAGAAUCUUAUGAAGAAACACGAAUCACUCGAACAUGUGGUGGAAGAUUACGCCGAGACUAUUCGUCAAUUGGGAGAGACAGCAAGACAACUCACUAACGAUCAACACCCGUUGGCUGAUCAAAUAGCCGUCAAACAAUCCCAGGUGGAUAAAUUAUACGCCGGAUUGAAGGAUCUUGCUGGCGAACGUCGCGCUAAGUUAGACGAGGCUCUGCAACUCUUCAUGUUAAACCGCGAAGUCGACGAUCUUGAGCAAUGGAUCGCCGAGAGAGAAUUGGUCGCCGGAAGUCAUGAACUAGGACAAGAUUACGAUCACGUGACACUCUUGUGGGAGAGAUUCAAGGAAUUCGCUCGUGAUACGGAAUCGAUUGGCACGGAACGAGUGGCGGCUGUUAAUGGAAUUGCCGAUUCUCUUAUCGCAACGACGCACUCUGAUGCGGCGACAAUUGCCGAAUGGAAGGACGGAUUGAACGAAGUUUGGCAGGAUUUACUCGAACUGAUCGAGACUCGUACACAAAUGUUGGCAGCUAGUCGAGAACUUCACAAGUUCUUCCACGAUUGUAAGGAUGUGCUGGGCAGGAUUUUGGAGAAACAGAAUGCAAUGUCCGAUGAAUUGGGACGUGAUGCGGGUUCAGUGUCGGCAUUGCAGCGAAAGCACGCGAAUUUCAUUCAAGAUUUGUCUACACUUCAGAGUCAGGUGUCACAAAUUCAGGAGGAAUCGGCGAAAUUACAGGCGAGUUACGCUGGCGAUAAGGCUAAGGAGAUUACUAAUCGAGAGGCUGAGGUUGUGGCAGCUUGGAAUAAUCUCCAGUCGUUGUGCGAGGGAAGAAAGGGAAAAUUGGAGGACACUGGUGAUUUGUUUAGAUUCUUCAAUAUGGUGAGAACACUCAUGAUUUGGAUGGAUGAUGUCGUUAGGCAGAUGAACACAUCGGAGAAGCCAAGAGAUGUUUCUGGAGUUGAAUUGCUCAUGAAUAAUCAUCAGAGUUUGAAGGCUGAAAUUGACACGCGAGAAGAUAAUUUCAUUUCUUGUAUUAAACUUGGAAAAGCCCUUUUGUCUCGGGAUCACUACGCCAGUUCGCAAAUCGAAGAGAAAUUGUCUAAUCUCAAUGAUCAUAGAAUUGCACUUCUUCAACGAUGGGAGGAACGUUGGGAAAAUUUACAACUCAUUUUGGAAGUGUACCAAUUCGCAAGAGAUGCUGCGGUUGCUGAAGCAUGGUUAAUUGCCCAAGAGCCGUAUCUCAUGAGCCAAGAACUUGGCCACACUAUUGACGAGGUGGAAAAUUUGAUUAAGAAGCACGAGGCGUUUGAGAAAUCGGCAGCUGCUCAAGAAGAAAGGUUCAGUGCCUUGGAGCGAUUAACAACGUUUGAAUUGAAAGAAUUGAAGAGACGAGAGCACGAGAGAGAAGAAGAGGAGAGGCGCAAGAAGGAAGAAGCUGCAGCUGCAGAAGCCGCUCGUCUGGCUAAAUCAACUCCUGUUACUAGUCCUGACGAACCAACGAGUGAACGAGCCGAAGCCGACGGGGUUGCCAGUGGAAGGGGAGAGGAUGAUGGACAUGCGGCACUCCGCAAGGCUUCUACACGAACACCACAACUCCAAGAAAAACCUAAGGAAGUGCAUGGUCUGAAGGGCACGAGAAUUACUCCCAUGGACGAAGAGAAGCACCCUCGCACUCCGACCUCAUUAAAACCUCAAAUUUCUUCGACUCCUUCAACUCCCAAAAUUGGAAUUGGAUCAGAGUCUAGUACGUUGAGACGUAAGGAGCGAAGUCGCAGUAAAUCGCCAUUCCGCAGCUUCCGUUGGAAAAAAACAGCUAAGUCACCAAGCUUAGAUCGCAGUGGUGUGAGCGAUGACGAGCACGGUUUCUCCGAACAAAGAAGUCCGACUGGCGAUGAAUUCGAGGGCGUGCUGGUGAGAAAGCAUGAGUGGGAAAGCACCACAAAGAAGGCAUCUAAUCGAUCCUGGGACAAAGUUUACACGGUUAUACGAGGACAAAAUUUGGUUGCUUACAAAGAUCAGAAAUCGUAUAAAUCCGCUCCUGAUCAACCCUAUAAAGGAGAAGCUUCGUUAGAUCUACGAGGAGCUAGUAUUAGUGUAGCUAGCGAUUACACUAAAAAGAAGCAUGUCUUCCGAGUAAAGACGCAGAAUGGCGCCGACUUCCUGUUCCAGGCCAAAGAUGACACGGAAAUGCAAGAGUGGGUUUCGGCAUUAAAUCAAGCCUCACAGGGUACUUCAGGUGCAAGUACAUCUAGAGCACACACACUGCCCGCACCAACGCAAGCCGAAACAAAGCGGCGUAGCUUCUUCACUCUCAAGAAAAAUUAAAUUGGAGCAGUGAAGUAUUGUUAGCCGCCAAUAAGCGCCAGCGCAGCAACAUGAUCAGAGAAAUAUUUCGUCGCUCUACUUCGUGAAAGCUACGUUAAUAAAAUUUAAAAACUCUGGCCAUAAAGUAAAAAAUUGAAAUUCAAUAUAACCGUGCAAAUAAAACCAACAAAAAAAAAACGCUAGAGUUUGAGAGAGAAAAGAGUUGAAAAUAGAUGCGCGAUUGAAUAGAGAAAAAGAGAGAAGAAUUUUGUACGGUAUUUAUGAAUUUAAUUUUUUUCUUAAAUUAUAGACACUAUAAUAAAUAUUAAGAUAGAGAAGGUGUAACAUGCAAUAUCCCAAGUUAGCCUGAUCAAUCUUUAUUAUUUCUCUUUUUUUUGGAAUGCUAGAAUCUUUUUCAUUUCUAAUUUAAUAGAAAAAAAAACCGAAAAAUACAAAUACUGACAAAUUGACGUAACGGAAAAAUACCACGAAGUAGAAAGAAAAAUAAAAAUUGUUCAAAUUUUUCACGUUCGGCAUCGGACUUGUAAUUUUACUAUCGAUUUUUUAAAAAAACUUUUAUACAAUUGUUGUGUAAAGUAAUUAAAUUGAAGGAGAAUGUUUAAUUUUUUUUAAUUGUUUAGUCUUUGUUUAAGUGGGACAAAUGUAUUAUUUGUCAUUUUGUAUAAGGAAAAAAAAUUGUAGAUUGUCUUUUCUUUUUUUGUUUUUGGGAACAACGCACAAAUUGUAUUAAAUGUAUUAAAAAAAUGAAUGGGAGAGACCUUUUUAUCGUUGACGGAAUAUCAAUAUACGACAGUGUCAUUUAUCCUGUUACGUAUAUUUUUUAAAACUAUUUUCGUAAUUCUUGUAUUCCAUCAGAAAUUUAUAUAUAUAAUAUAUUAUAUAUAAUAUUGUCUUUUUAUUUCGAGAAAAAAAAAUAAUUGUAAAGCAUCCCAAAAUGCGUUUUUAAUUACUGCCAUGUAUUUAAGAGAUGCGCUAACUUGGGAUGACGUAUUAUGAGAUAGCUUUUAAAGAAUGUUAAAGAUGAAAUGCUCCUUUAGGAGAUUAAUCUUAUUGAAGAUAUUAAAAGCUGUAAUGGACGAAAAGAAUUUCUCUUCUAUAUAAUUCCGAGUAUAAUAAUAAUUAUACGAAAAAACGGUACAGUUAUUAUUUAAUUCUUUAGAUAUCUAAAGUGUCCUAUUUCUUGUUAGAUGAGUGCAUGGGUACAAUAUAAUAAUUAAAAAAAAAAAUAAAAUAAAAAUAUUAAUAAAAAAAAGAGUCAAAAUGAACUAUUAUGUGGCAUGACCCAUCUGAUAAGAAUUUGACACAGAAUGUAGCAUACUUGCUAUACUCAUUUUCUAAUUGUUACUUUUUUAAUAUUUAUCAGAGUCAAAUCCUUCAUUAGGAAUUAAGAAAUAAAAAAAAAAACUUAAAAAUUUCUCAAAAAGCGCCCUGCCAUCUUCGUCUGGAGAGCUUUUAACGCUACCCACGCUUUCUUUAGAGUUUCAUCUCUUAUUAUCUCCUAAGGUGUAUGCGACUCUGGCUUUUGUAAAGUGCUUUUUAUCAAAAUGAAGCUUGUUGCGUCUCAAAUCGAGAAAGAGAGAAAAAAAGAAGAGAUUUUAGGGGAAAAAAAAUGUUUAAAACAAAAAUAUCUAAAGUGCUUUAAUGCACAUAAUCUAUUUGAGAUGUUUUUACAUCUCGUGUUAGAUUUUUUUAUUUUUAUUUUUUUUUGAGAAAAUUUAUUAAUUUGACUAUAUGUUUUUAAAUCUGAGUCGCAUCGCUUAAACUUACAAGAUAAAAUUGAUAUAUUAUUGCUCUAUGUUUCUUUUUAUAUAUAAUGAGAUAAUACAUGGAUUAAGUUAUAUUGAAACGAGAAUGAUUAUUAUAAAUAAUAUAUAAUUCAUGAAAGUAAACAAA